CGCCAGAAGGCCACCGGCGCGCCUGGCACUGCCUGCCGCCCAGGGUGCAGCCGGCAGCUCCGCGUGCGCUUCGCCGACGCGCUGGGCCUGGAGCUGGCGCAGGUCAAGGUGUUCAACGCGGGGGACGACCCGUCUGUGCCGCUGCACGUGCUGUCGCGCCUCGCCAUCAACUCGGACCUGUGCUGCAGCCGCCAGGACGUGGAAUUCACCCUGCAGUGCCUGGUGCCCGACUUCCCGCCGCCCAUCGAGGCCGCCGACUUCGCCGAGCGCCUGCGGCGGCAGCUCGUGUGCCUGGAGCGCGUCACCUGCUCCGACCUGGGCAUCAGCGGCUCUGUGCGCGUGCGCAACGUGGCCUUCGAGAAGCAGGUGGCCGUGCGCUACACCUUCUCCGGCUGGCGCAGCGAGCACGAGGCGGUGGCACGCUGGCGCGGGCCGGCGAGCGCGGACGGCACGGAGGACGUCUUCGCCUUCGGCUUCCCGGUGCCGCCCUUCCUGCUGGCGCUCGGCUCGCGCGUGCACUUCGCGCUGCGCUACCGGGUGGCCGGCGCCGAGUACUGGGACAACCACGACGGCCGCGACUACAGCCUCACCUGCCGCGACCACGCGCUGCGCAUGCCCCGCGGAGAGUGCGAGGAGAGCUGGAUCCACUUCAUCUGAGCCCUCGCGGCCGGGCUCCGACGGCCCCUGGCCAGCCUCGCCUGGGCAGUCGCCUGCCAGCCAGCCCAGCUCUCCCGGUCGCCCUGCCCACGCCCAAGCCUGACUAGCCUGACCGCACUUUCCAGGGCAGGCUCCCUGGCGGGGGCCGUCCUGUCUUCUACUUGAAAUAUCUGUGCCGCUCCGUCUAAAGUGUAACCUGAGUGUAGCCUCAGUGAAGGCCGCGAGCUGUUGCUUUCCUUGGCUACCUGCUGACCUGAGAGUGCACUGUGAUUGGAAAUGCUGCGAGUGAAGUGGACACUUUGGCCACUGGCAGUGGGGACUACACUGACGCACCGGAGUGCGAGAAGCCUGGUUGCAUUUCCUGCUGCUCAGCAAACCGUCCAGUUAGGUCAGCAGCCCGAGGGCCUGGGCGCUGGGCAAGAGCCCAGCCCAGAAUGUCCCAAGUAUUCAGGUGCGAGAGGUCCAGCUCCCAGGUGUUCCGCGGUGGAAGGGCACAUCGAGACACCAGGGCAGUCACUUGCUACCGAGGUUCCGGUCUCGGGCUCUGAAGUUGUAUCUUCACUGGACGAACCUCCAUGUGCCUUUUGAAAAACACCAAUGUUUGACUCUGAAAAGCUUAAGUCUACAGAAGCUGUGGAUGAGCUUAAAACCUGCCAGACCCUACAACACAGUGAUAUUGCCUAAAAGUUAAAUUCUGUAGCUAUUGUGCAAUUGUUGGGUUGUGUCCCCGUAUUUAAUGCCUGUCACUUAAGAUGGUUUCACUGAAGCCUGAGCAGUAAAUGUAUGUGCACAAGCUGUUA